AUGAACGGAACGUGUACUAAUGGUACUAAUGGCUCCAAUGGCACGCCGUCUGGCCCCAAACUUCUCUGGAAGCAUAGCUCCCCAGAAACUACUCCCAUGCACCAGUUCCUCCAAUCCGUAAACAAAACACACGGCCUGAAACUGUCGAGCUACAAGGAGCUACACCAAUGGAGCAUCGAGAACAUUGACCAGUUCUGGAAAAGAACAUGGGAAUUCGUGGGAGCGGUGGACCCUAACGCACCCAUGUUCCCACGGCCUGCAUUCUUUCCAGGCGCGACAUUAAACUUUGCUGAGAACCUUCUUUUUCCCACCCAAGAAGUCGAUCCCGAAUCAUCCGCCGUCAUCGCCGCGACCGAGACCACCCGCGAGUCAGUGACAUGGAGGGAACUCAGGGACCGUGUGAAGCUAUGUCAAGCUGGCAUGUUGGCACUAGGCUUGAAGGAAGGCGACAGAGUCGCAGGCUAUGUUGCGAACCACACCAACGCGCUAGUAGCCAUGCUCGCUGCGACGUCGCUAGGUGCUGUAUGGACUGCAGUCAGUCCAGAUACUGGUGUGCAUGCUGUACUCGAUAGGCUACGGCAGAUCGAGCCGGUACUGCUUUUCGCAGACAACGCAUCCUUCUACAAUGGGCGAAGUCAUCCAGUGCUCCCCAAGGUCACUGAGAUCGUCGCAGACCUUCCAUCUCUCCAGGCUGCCGUCAUAUUUCCCACAGUGGCUUCCGUUGAUUUCAACGUCAGUUCGAUACCAGUGGUAUCCGGAAAAGCCUAUGAAUAUGCGACGUUCACAUCCUUGAAGUCAGUCCCAGAGCUUACGUUCAAGCAACUCCCACCAGAUCACCCUGUUUACAUAUUAUAUUCGAGUGGUACAACUGGUGCACCAAAAUGUAUUGUUCACGGUGCUAUCGGAACAUUGCUGCAGCACAAGAAAGAGCACAUCAUGCACUGCUCGAUAACGCCUCAGUCAAAGCUCUUCUAUUUCACGACUUGCACUUGGAUGAUGUGGCAUUGGUUGGUCAGUGGUCUUGCAUCAGGCGCUACACUGGUCCUCUAUGACGGUUCACCAUUCCGAUAUGUCGAUACAUCUAACCCAUCGAUUUCUGUACCGGACGACCUCGCCAUGCAUCGCCUCAUUAAUGAGUUUGACAUCACUCACUUUGGGACUUCUGCGAAAUACUUGUCUGUUCUAGAGCAGAAGUCGGUUGAUCCUGCCGCUGCGGGUCUCGCACUGGACAAGCUGGAGGCCAUCUACUCCACGGGAUCGCCGCUCGCCCCGUCAACCUUCUCCUACGUCUACUCCGCAUUCCCCUCGACUAUCAACCUUGGUAGCAUCACUGGCGGCACAGACAUCAUCUCCCUCUUUGGCGCACCAAAUCCACUCAUACCCGUCUAUGAAGGCGAGAUCCAGGGCCCUGGUCUCGGUAUGGCCAUCGCAGCGUACGACUAUACCGGGGCGGACAUUUCUUCGACCGGCGAACCUGGCGAUCUGGUAUGCAACAAGCCCUUCAUAUGCCAACCAGUAGCAUUCUGGGGCAAAGAAGGCGAAUUAAAGUACUGGAAGUCAUACUUUGACAAAUUUACAAACGAGAAACAUCAGCCCAUCUGGCAUCAUGGCGACUUUGUACGCUUCAACCCUGAGACUGGGGGCUUGUGGAUGCUUGGUCGCAGUGACGGUAUUCUCAAACCUGCAGGUGUACGUUUCGGAUCGGCGGAGAUUUACAACGUGGUGCUCCAGUACUUCCCAGAGGAUGUCGCAGAUGCGCUGUGCAUUGGCCGGAGGAGAGAGACUGAUACCGACGAGACGGUCAUCCUGUUUCUCAAGAUGGCCGAAGGCCGUCGCAUUUCGCCUGAUCUGGUUGACCGAAUCAAGAUGACGAUCAGAAAGUCGCUCAGCGCACGUCACGUACCCGCUGUAGUGGACGAGUGUCCUGAGAUUCCGGUCACCACCAACGGAAAGAAGGUUGAAGGCGCUGUCAAGCAGAUUUUGUGUGGCAUCAACGUCAAGACGAGUGCCAGUGUCGCAAAUGCUGAAUGUUUGGACUGGUACCGAGAGUGGUCGAACGCAAAUUAG